AUGUCUCCCCACAGCGAAGUCAUGCUGAACAGCAGCGACGCCGCCGAAAUUGCCCUCAACGGCAACGGUGUCGUCCUGGCCUCCAACGGCGGCAACCGUGUCGAGGACCCGCCGGCGCUGGUCGAGGCCGCCUCACAUAGCAACGGCGUCGGGUCCAACGGCCACGCCUCCUCCACAAACGGCCACAGCAGCCCCAGACAGGGCUUCUCCUCCAAGGCCGAGAGCUCUCCGUACCUUCAGCCCGCGCCCCUCGACGAUGACUUCGACCUCGUCUGCGUCGGCUUCGGCCCGGCGUCCCUGGCCGUGGCCGUGGCCAUCCACGACGCCCUGGCUGCAGGCCAAAAGCUUCUUCCCGACGGACGCAACCCCCGCGUCCUCUUCGUCGAGAAGCAGGCCCGCUUCGCGUGGCACGCCGGAAUGCUUCUUCCCGGCGCCAAGAUGCAAAUCUCCUUCAUCAAGGACCUGGCGACGUUGCGCGACCCGCGCUCCGAGUUCACCUUCCUCAACUACCUGCACCGCCAGGACCGCCUCGUCGACUUCACCAACCUGAGCACCUUCCUGCCGGCGCGCGUCGAGUACGAGGACUACCUGCGCUGGUGCGCCUCGCACUUUGAGCGCCUCGUGCAGUUCGGCCAGGAGGUCGUCUCCGUGGCGCCCGACGCCAAGGCCGAGCACGGCGUCCGCUCCUUCACGGUGCAGUCCCGCGACGUCGCCUCGGAGCAGACGCACACGUACCGGGCGCGCAACGUGCUCGUCGCCAUGGGCGGCCAGCCCUCUCUGCCCAAGAACUUUCCACUGCGACACCCCCGCGUCAUCCACUCGUCGCAGUACGCGCACCGCAUCCGCGAGAUCCUGCCCAAGGCCAACGGGGCGUACCGCGUGGCCGUCGUGGGCGCGGGCCAGAGCGCGGCCGAGAUCUUCAACAACGUGCAGCACCUGUACCCCAACUCCAAGACAUGGCUGGUGAUGCGACCAGAGUUUUUGAGGCCCAGUGAUGACUCACCUUUCGUCAACUCCGUCUUCAACCCCGAGUACGUCGACGCGCUGUUCCCCAAGUCGCCCAAGUACCGACACAACCUCCUCACCGAGGCGCGGGCGACAAACUACGGCGUGGUGCGCCUGGAGCUCAUCGAGGCGCUGUACGAGCGCAUGUACGACCAGCGGCGCGAGCUGGGCGUCGACGAGACCAAGUGGCCACACCGCAUCCUGGGCGGACGGCAGAUCACAAGCAUCGACGCCCGUGGCGACAGCAUGGAGCUGCGGGUGCAGAACGUGCAGGACAGCGCGCUUGACGGCUUCGUCGACGCCGCCGACGAGGAGUUGCUGGAGGCGGACCUGGUCAUCGCAGCGACAGGCUACCAGCGCAACGCGCACGUGCCGAUGCUCCGCGGCGCAUGGGGCCUGCUGCCCAAGGCGCAGGCUGGCGGCCUCGAGUUCGGCAAAGGCAUCUCGGGCUGGAACGUGGAGACGGAGGAGGGCGAGCGCAAGAUGGCCGUCGGCCGCGACUACAAGGUCAAGUUUGCGCCGGGAGCCGUGGCCGACGACGCGGGCGUGUGGCUGCAGGGCUGCUGCGAGGGCACUCACGGGUUGAGCGACACGCUGCUGUCCGUGCUGGCGACUCGAUCGGGCGAGAUUGUCGAUUCCAUCUUCAAGAGCACCGCUGCCAAGAGGUGA